CCACAUUGCAGAUUGCCACAAACUACAACGCUAUGAUCUACAUUGGAAACAUUGGAAAAAAAGUAAAAUUUAUAAUCUUUCGUGCUUUUUGCUUGGGCAUAAGGAAAUCGUCAACAUCUUAAACGCUGUUUCAUUGUAAACAAGAAAAAACGAUAAGUUUUUUCAUUCAUACCUGGAAACAUGGAAAAAUUGAAUUUUACUUUAGGAGCUGUAAGAAACCUCCGAUCCAGUGUGCGUCAAUGCUUUGAAAAAUUGGCCGAUGGCAGUCCAGAGCAGAAUGAAGAAAACAAUGCGAAAUUCUUGUUAGAGUUUCAGGAAAACUUUAGUGAUAUCAAUCAUCAAAUAAAGGAAUUGGAAGGUAUAAUAAAUAGUUUGCAAGUGCCACCAGCCCCGUAUUACUUGGGUAAUACUACUUAUUUGGCCCAAGAAACUACACAGGAUCGGCAAGCCUUAUAUUCGCAACUGGUUAAUAGCUACAAAUGGAUCGACAAAGUGCAUGAUCAUAGCUUGUUAGCUUACAAUAACCUGAAUGUGAACAGCUUACGUCGUUCAUAUAUUUAUAAUUCACAAAAAAGGGGACGUGUCCAAUGUUCCACUUGUAAUACACCUGAUCCAGAUCAUACGGACAAUUUAUUUAGUGAAAUGAGUCAUCCAAACACUACCUACAAAGUUUGUCGUCCAUUUGGUUCAAGUGCAGUUGUUGUGAUCACUAUAAGCCAUGUGCUGAAAGCAGCUUUGGUUUGCAAGGGGGUACUAAUCGAAUGGGUCUCCGUCAAGGGCUUUGAUGAACAUAUUGAUUUUGACGAUCUCUUCGCUGAAUCGCGCUAUGCCGUUUUUCGCAAAGUUCAAGAAAAUACACAAGCAGCUAUGUUACAUUUCUUCUCGCCUACUUUACCGGAUUUAGCGAUAAAAAGUUAUAUGGCAUGGUUUCACAGUUAUAGCAGACUGUUUGUGGAACCUUGCAAACGUUGCGGGAAGUUCUUAGCCAACGGUCUUCCGCCAACAUGGCGUGAUUUAAGAACUUUAGAGCCUUACCAUGAAGAAUGCAAAAACUAAGCUUUAAAAUUCAAAACAGACUUUCUUUUUUUUUUUUUUUUAACAUAUUUUCCCAUUUUUGUGUAUAUUUAACAUAAGAAACAUAAAUCGAUCAAUUCGCAAAGAAUAAAGUAUCUUCAAUAACACAUUA